CGGGGCAUGGGGCGGGGCCUAGGGCGCCACUUGAGGGCACUCCCCGCGUUCCCACAGUGCUCCGCGCCGCGCCGCUAUGGAGGCCGGGAGGAUGGCGGUGCUGCGCGUUAAGCGGAAGCGCACUGCGGAGCCAGCCGAGGCCCUUGUCCUGGCCUGUAAGCGUCUCCGCGGCGGCGUGGUCGAACCAGCUGCCUCGGAGGGACCGGAAGGUGCAGAGAGAGCGGCCGAGAAGAAUGUCUUCCAGUUGGUGGCCACUGUGCGCUCGCAGGAGCAGCCGGUCCAGCACCUCCUGCGCGAGGCGCUGCGCCCUUCGCGGAGCAGCCAGAAGCGGAUCCGCCGCGAUCUCCGCGCGUCCAUUCGCGAGGUCCGCCGAGAGGGCCGCUACCGGGUGGUCUGCAGCCACCGAGCCUUGGGGAGCGCCGCCGGCACCGGCGCAGGGUCCGAGGCCGCGCCGGACGGAGGCUUCCAGCUCCUUGACCUGGUCCACGAGGAGGGAGAAACGAAGGCCGCCGCGGACUCCUGCCGAACAUCUGACCCGGAUGUGAUCCUCUGCAAUUCUGUAGAGUUGAUCCGGGAGCGACUGACCUUGUCUGAGGCUGGACCGGCAGGUAGGCAGCAGGAGGAACAAAAGCAAGAAGACUACGUGUAUGACAUUUACUACCUGGAAACAGCCACACCAGGCUGGAUUGAGAACAUCCUCUCUGUGCAGCCCUACAGCCAGGAGUGCGAGCUGGUGAAUGAUGAUGAACAACCAGAAGACAUUUACGAAGAUGAAGAUGAUGAGAACAGUGAAAAUAAUUGGCGAAAUGAGUAUCCAGAGGAGGAGAGCAGUGAUGAGGAUUCCAGAGGCUCUGAUGAAUCCAACUUCAGCGAGGAGGAGAGAGACAGCAGUGGUCGGCACAUGUGGAACAAGUACCCUCUGGAUGUGCAGAAGGAGUUUGGCUAUGACGGUCCCCAUGACCUGGACUCAGAUUGACAGUUUUGUGACAUCCCUGAGACUCCGACACAGGCUUGUGGAGGCCCCAGGACUAUGUUGUUACCUGUUCUGGUGACAUCUUUGGUUUCUUAGCUGCAUAUGUAAAAGGAAAAUAAUUGAGCAACACCUUACUAUGGUGAAUAUGUAUGCUAAGGAACUGUCUUCCACUGAAUAGUAGGGCCUCUUUAAAGGUGAUCCUGCAGUCUUACGCACAAGAGUGAAGGUUCCUUUAGCUUCCUGGCCUUGACGUU